AUGAACGCUUCAACUCUUGGCCUUCCAUUCAUAAGAAGAAGAGAUACUCACAUUGACGAAAACGCUCUUCAACAUCUGCUUCUGAAUGAAGGAGUGUGGAGAAGAGCCUUCAGAGCAGACGGAAGACGGAACCGUUCCAAAUGUAAUACUGUAGUUGGAUAUUUACAAUUCAUAUACGAGAAAAGUCAUUUGCAUUAUCUGUUCCCUAUCCUUCUUCUCUUCGCAUACUCGAUCAUCGGAGGGUUGAUAUUUUGGUCCAUUGAGAGCUCUCAGGAGGAGGUGGAACUUUAUGAUAAACGAACGUUCAUACAAAACCUCAAAGAUAAAUUGCUGCGAAAUGUCCUACACAUUGACACACGAUUAAAAGAAUAUAACCUUGCUUAUCAGAACAAUUCGUACGUACGGAAAUUGCAUUACACUGGUUACAGGAAAUACGCACUAAAUAUGCUGUAUAAGACUGUCUAUUGGUACACUGUUUCGGUGUUCUAUUUAACUGAGCAUGAGAGUCACAAAGCCAUGACAUUGCGUCCUUCAAAUCCUGAAACUGCGUGGAAGCAACAAUUUAGCAAUAAUUUCGGUCGUAUCAAUGCUCUAAAAAAUUAUACCGACCAGCUAGCUCUGCGCUGCUGGGAGAUAGGAUUAGAAGGUGCAGCCAAACAUUGGUCAGAAGCGGGCUAUAGAACAAAAAUUAAUCAGUCAAUACAUGAUUAUGAAAUAGCUGUUGGUUUGAAUAAUGUACUCACUCCAGUAUGGACUUUUUGGAAUGCUAUGUUCUUAGCAGCAACAACAUAUACUACAAUUGGUUAUGGGAAUAUCACAGCAAAAACUAAACUAGGGAAGUUAGCAGCAAUGGUAUAUGCGGUAAUAGGAAUACCUUUAUUUCUCAUGAUACUACACAAACUGGGUAGAUUCUUCAUGAUGGCUCUAGAGCAUAUAUGGGAUUGGAUUAUGCGAUGUGCUGAGUAUUUAUGCUUGGUAAACAGUGAGAGUAGACCCAAGUUGUCGGAAGAGGAACGAAUUUCUGAGAUGCCCCUUCUUCUCGCUAUUGGUGUUGCUUUUGGGUGGAUGUUUCUUUGUGCUGCUAUAUUUCUACUAUUCGAAAAAGAUUGGGAUUAUUUCAAAAGUUUCUACUUCUUCUUUUGUUCAUUAACAACUAUUGGUUAUGGCGAUGUAACUCCAACCAAUAGCGAAGACAUGUUUAUAAUUUUUGCACUAAUUCUCAUCGGUCUUUCAUUAGUUUCAAUGUGUAUUAAUGUAAUUCAAGUGAAGCUGGAGAAGCUCUUCGAGGAACUGCUAUUGACAUUAAUGGAAGAAUAUAAUUCAGAUCCAGAGUCUAACACAUUGAACUCAGGAAAGAUAGGUAUGAUGGAGAUGUGGAGGAUGUGGAAGCGUCGAAAGGAUAGGUUACGUGGUUUAGCUCCAGCCAGAGAUGCUGCAGGGAAGGCAUCUCAAAACUUGGCAAAAGUUUUGCCUUUCGCUCGUUUGUGGGACAGACAUCAGCUUAUUGAGGAAUUGCAUCACCGCUUGAGACAGAAAAAUCGCAGUACCCAAACCGAUCCAUAUCCUGUAUACAUACCAGUUUAUGAAGAAGCCUGGACAGAGACAAGUGAUAUUGAUAGUUGCAAGUCGUACGACACAGGACAAAACUUCUUAAUGCUUCCUGAGAACUCUAUGUGUAUGCCAUCCCGUUGUGAAUCGCGACCUGUUGUAGUACAGGCUGAAAACUCUUAUAUAUCAUCAUCUUCUCUGUUGCCAACUUCUAUGUCAGGUAAUCAAAGUUUACCACAAAGCGCUCCUAGCCAAAUGUCAAAAAUAUCAUCUUUAUCUACUUUGUCUAGUCGUAAUACAGCAUAUUCCACAAAAAGUGCACCUUGUCCUUCUCCUAGUCGGUUUCCAAUUGAUUAUGACCCCCACCGCAGGUGGACAUUUGUUGGCAGCAAUAGAUCACAACGAGGUACACCGCGAGGACUUGUAGUUAAUUACAUGUAUAUGAAAAAUCAGAGUGCUCGACGGGGAUCUCUGGUACCAACAACAGAAAUGCGUCGGCUUAUUGCUGAGCUGGACACAAGGCUUCAGGAUUGUCGUUACAUUAAUACACCUGGAAGUUCUCUGAUAGGAUCAGCUAGCAGUGAAGCAUCAGUAUUCAAAUGA